AACGAAACAUUCAAACAAUGGCAAUAGUUUUGUUUUUCCCCAUCGAAUUUAUCGACAAACGCCUAAAAUAUGCACUCUUCUCAUGUUAAUUAAGCGGAUAUUCAUUUUUCUCGAGUGCUUUUCUCAGUGAAAAUUGUUUUCUAUAGCCAAGUGAAACAGUACACAUAACAAAAUGAGCUCAAGUAACGAUUUCUCCAGCAAUAUUGAAGAACGACGACUUUGGAUUGGCAAUCUGGACACACGAAUGACCGAGUUUCAACUCUUGAAAAUUGUGCAAAAAUGCGGCCAAAUUGAAAAGUUCGACAUGAUCUUCCACAAGUCGGGCCCACAAGCUGGGCAAGCGAGAGGCUAUGCAUUCGUGACCUACUACAAUAAUUCGGGAGCAGUGACAGCCUUGAACAAAUUGAAUGGGACAUUGAUUGGAACAAAGAAUAUCGUCGUGCGACUUGCCAAGAACAUAAAUUAUGAUGAGAUGGGAAAGCCAAAGACGAAAGUUGAAAUUCCAGCAUUGGCCGCCGGUACAUCGCAUUCAACAAAAAUGAGCAAAGAACUGACAAUUAAGGCGAUCGAGGCAAAAUUGAAAGCGUUAGAAAAUCAAAGCGAUGAUUUGGUCAUAAAUCAAACAUCAGACAGAGAGGUGCCGCUCAUACAUAAGUAUCAGUACAAUAAAAAUGGCGAUCGUGGUAAUAUGUCAACAGCCACGGCCACAAAUAGUAAAAAGUUCAGUUCAAGACCAACCAACGGACCAUAUAAUCGUAAUCAACGACGACAUCAUCGAUAAAAUGGGAUAGCUCCCUCAUUAGACAAAAUUUGAACUCUCUCAGUAUGACCACCAUAUACCAUCCUCCUCAUUAGCGAAUAAGUGCGUUUGUCAUUUUCAUCAAGUAGCAAACUAAUUGGAUUUUUUUUUUUCAAACAAACCGAACAGUAUCGACAAAAAAUAAAGAAUAAUAAUUUAUAGCGUCUACA